CCGUUUCACGAGCCUGGGGAUCGCACUAUCCAGCGCAUGACUGAUGGCUGGGCCCCGAUUUGUAUAAAGAAGCAUCCAGCCCAGGAAGCACAUCUCUUUACUGCAGCGUCCAUCAAACUUCGUCCAGCAUGCGCUCUUUUGUAACCAUUUUGGCCGCGGCCGUAGCCUUCGCUGGUCUCACAUUCGCUGCACCCUCUGCUAAACUCGACAAACGGUCCUUCGUUGAACGAAAUGGAGUGACGUACAAUGUCUUUGAACAUGCCGCAACUGGCGCCCGGAUAGAGUUCGUCAACAACUCUGGCAUUUGCGAAACGACGCCCGGAGUCAAGCAAUACUCCGGAUACCUCUCUGUGGGGACUAACAUGAACAUGUGGUUCUGGUUCUUCGAAGCACGACAGAAUCCGUCCACUGCUCCACUUGCCGCUUGGCUCAACGGUGGCCCAGGCUGUUCCUCAAUGAUCGGGCUCUUCCAAGAAAACGGUCCCUGCAAGUUCAACGUCGGAUCCUCCAACACUUCGCCUGUCAACAACACCCACAGCUUCAACAAUUACGCAAACAUGAUCUACAUUGAUCAGCCGAUUGGCGUUGGUUUCUCGUAUGGUACCAACUCCGUAAACUCCACAGAGACUGCUGCUCCCUACGUGUGGAAACUUAUCCAGGCAUUCUAUUCAUCGUUCCCUGAGUACAAAUCUCGAGACUUCGGCCUGUGGAGCGAGAGCUACGGCGGCCACUACGGACCAGAGUUUGCCAAAUUUUUUCUCGAUCAGAACGCGGCCAAUGCAGGCGAGAAGAUCAACAUCGUCGCUCUCGGUGUCAACAACGGGUGGUUCGACGCUCAGAUUCAAGAGCCAGCCUAUAUUGCGUACAGCUACAACAACAGCUACAAGCCCAUGAUUUCUCAGUCUCAAUACAACAGCUACAUGUCCGCCUUCAACAGCAGAUGCCUCCCUCGGCUCCAAGCCUGUGCCAAGACUGGAUCAAACUCUGAUUGUUCAAAUGCAGAGAGUGCUUGCUACUCUGCUGUGGAGAGCCCUCUCAUUUCCGCCGCCGACUUCGAUGUCUACGAUGUCAGAUCACCCAGCAAUGACCCGGAGCCGCCCCAGAACUAUGUCAAAUAUCUUCAAUCCUCAGCUGUUGUGAAGGCAAUUGGCGCACAGAGUACUUAUCAAGAAUGCCCGGAUGCGCCGUACAACAAAUUCCAAAGUACGGGUGACGGUCCACGAUCCUUCCUUGAUGAACUCAGCGAUGUCGUCUCCGCAGGAAUGACGACCUUGAUUUGGGCCGGAGACGCAGAUUGGAUAUGCAACUGGUACGGUGGCUACGACGUAGCUAAUGCUAUCUCCUACUCCGGCCAGAGCGCCUUCAAGGCAAAGACUCUGGCUCCGUACAAAGUCAACGGGAAGGAAGGAGGAACAUUCAAGACGCAGGGAAACCUGUCAUUCUUGAGAGUUUAUGAAGCCGGCCACGAAGUCCCAUACUACCAACCAGAGCUUGCACUCCAGGCCUUCAUCCAGACGAUGAAAAAGGGACCUGUUGCUUCGACGUAAAGUAUGACGCUCGUGACUUCCGAUGCAUAGAAAUAGAACGUAAUACCAUAAUGCAAUUUGCAUUCGAUAGCGAUAAUUCCGAUUGUCC